CCAUUAUUUACAGUUAGAAGGCGCGAGGCACGUGAGAAUCGAUAGUUCGCUUGUUGCGUCCUGUAUGUUUGAUAGUGUUAAUAUCUGUUUUCACCGCACUCAAGCAUAAAAAUGCCGUCACGUGGAGAAGACAUUCUCAAGGGCUUUCAGGUUAAUUGGAUGAACCUGCGAGAUGCCGAUAACGGGAAGAUCCUCUGGCAGGGCAACGAAGACUUAUCUGUACCCGACGUGGAGCACGAGGCACGUGUGCCGAAGAAGAUCUUGCGAUGCCGCGCGGUAUCGAGAGAGAUCAACUUCAGCUCCUCGGAACCGAUGGAGAGGUUUCGCCUGGAACAGAAAGUAUUGUUCAAAGGCCGUUGCUUAGAAGAGUGGUUCUUCGAGUUCGGAUUCGUUAUUCCCAAUAGCACCAACACAUGGCAGAGUUUAAUUCAAGCUGCUCCAGAAAGUCAAAUGAUGCCAGCUAAUGUAUUGAAUGGCAACGUUGUGAUAGAAACGAAAUUCUUCGACGAUGAUCUCUUAGUGUCUACUAGUCGAGUCCGUCUCUUCUACGUUUAAGGCAUCUAAUUUUCUCUUCUACGUUUAAAGCAUCUAAUUUUCGAAUGGUCCUCAUGUUUAUAUAUACACGUACAUGUGUGUAUUAACGGGACCAAUCACAGCGUGAAAUGUUGUCAAUGUACAAAAUAAGAGAACACACAUCGCCAGGUUCUCUCACGGACGUAUCAAUUUUUAUCUCUUCUUUUACUCUAUUUCCUACAUUUAUUACUUCUUACGUUCAUAUAUAUACAUAUAUUGAGUAAGGCGCCAACGAUCUCAUAAUUCUAUAAUAACCUACACGCAGUUGUGUGAAUUCGAGCACACCGAAUUACGAAAUUGUUUUCGCAGCAUUUUCGCUUGCGUAAGGCCUACUGUAUACUUAGAUAAUAAAUAGCGUAUUUUUCACUGUUGGAGAUACAAGAUUCACCUUGUUAACACACGCGAGUAUUUUAUUUAUUACAUAUUUAUUACGUAUUUACUGAAUAAAUAUAAGAGAUUUUUUGUAUAUAUUGUGAUACACUACACCACACGAGCAAUAAAGUUGACAAAGUUCAA